AUUAGCUACUGUGAGAAUUGUCAUUGCCCUUGCUGCUUGAGAGGUUGGCCACUGUAUCAGUUGGAUGUCAAUAAUGCCUUUUUACAUGGCUAUAUUGAUGAGGAGGUUUACAUUAAGCCACCUCCUGGUUAUCUUAAAGCUCAGCCUGGACAAGUUUGUAAACUUAAGAGAUCCUUAUAUGGUUUGAGACAAGCAUCUAGGCAAUGGAACAAAGAAUUGAACAAAUUCCUGAUUUCUCUCAACUUUCAGCAAUCUAAGCAGGAUUAUUCUUUGUUCACAAGGACUCAUGAUGCAGAAUUUCUUGUGAUUUUGGUCUAUGUGGAUGAUAUAUUGAUUACUGGUACAUCAAAGGCUCAAAUUGAAGAAGUGAAAGUUGCUUUGGAUACUGCUUUUACAAUCAAGGAUCUUGGUCUGCUUGCUUAUUUCCUUGGUAUAGAAAUACACAGAACUGACAAUGGUAUUUUUCUUUCUCAAAGAAAAUACAUUCAGGAUAUUCUAACUGAUGCUGGUCUGGAAGAAUGUACUCCUGCACCAGCUCCUCUUUCAUGUGGUCUAAAAUUGUCCAUUGCUAAUGGGGUUUUGCUUGAUGAUCCUGAUGUGUAUAGAAGGCUUGUUGGUAGAUUACUUUACCUAGGCAUCACAAGACCUGAUUUAUCCUACUGUGAGCAGCAUCUCGGUCAAUUUGUUCAUUCUCCAAGAGUUCUUCAUCUCAAGGCUGCUCUUCAUGUCUUAAAGUACUUAAAGGGUACAAUAGAUAAUGGUUUAUGGUAUACAGCUAAUUCUAAUACAGAGUUAAGUGCUUACAGUGAUGCUGACUGGAGUGCUUGUCAAUACAACAGCAGAUCUUUAAGUGCAUAUGCUGUUUUCCUUGGCAACAAUCUGGUUUCUUGGAAAACCAAAAAGCAGCGUAGUGUGAGUAAAUCUUCAGCUGAGGCAGAGUACAGAAGCAUGUCUGCAACUGCCAGUGAGCUUGUUUGGAUUCGGGGAUUACUUGGAGACCUUCAGGUUCACAUUUCCUUGCCUGUUAAGUUAUUAUGUGACAAUACUUCUGCUGAACAUCUUGCCAAGAAUCCCAUGUUUGAUGACAAGACCAAACACUUGAAGAGGGAUAUGCAUUAUGUUCGUGAGCAAGUAGAGGAUAGUUUCAUUGAAACUGCUCAUGUUUCUGGUGCCCUACAACUUGCAGAUUUAUUAACUAAACCACUUGCUUCCUCUCGACAUCAGUUUCUAUCUGCCAAGCUUGGACUUAUAUCUAAAGUCCAGCUUGAAGGGGGGGUAUAG